CUCCGGAUCAGAUAACCUAUCGCUCUGGGAGGUCCUCUACUCCUGAAAGGACUUUAGUCCUUGGAGCUGUCAGCUGAGCUGAGUGGGACAAGAGCUGAGCAGGGCACCACAGUCUGUGAAGGAAAGGAGGGAACACAGGCAAGGGCUACCUGCUGCCCACUCACAACCCACAUCAUGGAGCCCAGGGCAGGCUGUUUGCGGAGAAGAGAUGGGCAGAGAGGGGAGCAGGAGGAGCGACCUUCUGGAGAAGGAAAUGCUGAGAUGCACAGAACCUCAGACUUGGUGCAAUGGUCCCAACAUAUGGAGGCUGUGAAGACACAAUUGCUGGAACAAGCACAAGGACAGCUGAUGGAGCUGCUGGAUCGUGUCACGUGGGAGGCUGUACAAUCCUACCCCUCACAAGGGAGGCCUCUGCCCCCUACUCCCCUAGUUUCUUUGAGCAGGACACAGGAGCCACCCCUAGGGAAACGGAAAGUUUUCAUCAUUCGCAAGUCCCUGCUUGAUGAGCUGAUGGAGGUACAGCACUUCCGCACCAUCUACCACAUGUUCAUCGCCGGCCUGUGUGUCUUCAUCAUCAGCACCCUGGCCAUCGACUUCAUUGAUGAGGGCAGGCUGGUGUUGGAGUUUGACCUACUGAUCUUCAGCUUUGGACAGCUACCCCUGGCGCUGGUGACGUGGGUCCCCAUGUUCCUGUCUACCCUGCUGGCGCCCUACCAGGCCCUGCGGCUGUGGGCGAGGCCGGGGGCCGGAGGCGCUGCCAGGACGCUGGGGGCCGGCCUGGGCUGCACGCUGCUGGCCGCCCACGCCGCGGUGCUCUGCGUCCUGCCGGUUCACGUGGCGGUGGAGCACCAGCUCCCGCCCGCCUCGCGCUGCGUCCUGGUCUUUGAACAGGUCAGGCUCCUGAUGAAGAGCUACUCCUUCUUGAGAGAGGCGGUGCCUGGGAUCCUUCGUGCCAGAAGAGGUGAGGAGCCUGGGGCCCCCAGUUUCUCCAGCUACCUCUACUUCCUCUUCUGCCCCACACUCAUCUACAGGGACACUUACCCCAGGACACCCAACAUCAGGUGGAAUUAUGUGGCCAAGAACUUUGCCCAGGCCCUGGGCUGUGUGCUCUAUGCCUGCUUCAUCCUGGGUCGCCUCUGUGUUCCUGUCUUUGCCAACAUGAGCCGAGAACCCUUCAGCACCCGUGCCCUGGUGCUCUCCAUCCUUCAUGCUACGUUGCCAGGCAUCUUCAUGCUGCUACUCAUCUUCUUUGCCUUCCUCCAUUGCUGGCUCAAUGCCUUUGCAGAGAUGUUACGAUUUGGAGAUCGGAUGUUCUAUCGGGACUGGUGGAACUCCACGUCUUUCUCCAACUAUUACCGCACUUGGAACGUGGUGGUCCAUGACUGGCUGUACAGCUAUGUGUAUCAGGAUGGGCUGUGGCUCCUUGGUGGCCGGGCCCGAGGGGCAGCCAUGCUGGGCGUGUUCCUGGUCUCUGCAGUGGUCCAUGAGUACAUCUUCUGCUUUGUCCUGGGGUUCUUCUACCCUGUCAUGCUCAUGCUCUUCCUUGUCAUUGGAGGGCUGCUGAACUUCACCAUGCAUGACCGGCACACAGGCCCAGCCUGGAACGUGCUGAUGUGGACCCUGCUUUUUCUGGGCCAAGGCAUCCAGGUCAGCCUUUACUGCCAGGAGUGGUAUGCACGACGGCACUGCCCCUUGCCCCAGACAACCUUCUGGGAACUAGUGACACCUCGGUCUUGGUCCUGCCACCCAUAGAGGUCAAGGCACCCUCACUGCACAGAUGACACCAUCAAGCUCUUCUUUGCCUGCAAAGCCUGGGACCAGGGCUCCUGUCUGAAUUCUCAAAUAGGGCUCUUAGUCAAGGGGCCCUCAUGCCAGACUCUACCCGGGAACUGCAGGGACAGAACUCUGUGGAUCUGUAGGUAGCUGAACACAGACUCAGCAUGAAAGAACUCAGCAUGGCACUCAAGUCCCAUCAGCUAUGGGCACAUGACACCCUCCCACCCCACAACUGCCCAGGCUUGGGGGGAGACUUGAGGAACCUUAUGGAUUUGGUGAAUGUGGGGGGACUCAAGGGAAGUGGAGUCACUAAGAUUUGAGAAGUAUUGUGUUCUUGACUUUGUACUCCUUACAAUACAAAAAUAAACUCUGUCUCCCUUUUUCUUA